AUGUCUAAUGAUGUUGUGGGAACCUCUUCCGAUUCUGCGGGCAAACACUUUACACUCAUCACCGGUCCUCUUGCUGGUGCCAUUGUGCGUGCGGAGUUGAAGGAACUGCAGAAGGCUGAUCUUGGUCGCAAAUAUGGCUUGAAGGACAGACGGCCACUCGAUCCUCCACCCGUGGUUCAGCUGCAACUCUUUCGUACUUUCGACUCCGGGACUCCGCACGAGAGGGAAGAGGAAAUUGAGUAUACGUGA